UUUCUGGCCAUGUGAUAAAUGCAAAGAAUAUGGGAGCUGUGACAGCAUCACUAACAACACAUGCAGCUGCAUCAAUGAUAUUCCAAGUGACAGACAGUUCUGUCAAAGAGUCAACGAGAUAACAAGUGAUAACAUAACAUGUGCGCAACCAGCAACAGUACAACCACCAACAGCACCAUUAACAGAAUCUCCAACACAAUCAGUAUCAACAGAAUCACUAUCAACAACAAAACCAUCAAUAUCAUCAACAACAUUAUCAACACAAUCAAUUACUCCACCAUCAACAGAAUCACUAUCAACAGCAACACAAUCAAUGUCUUCACCAUCAACAGAAUCACCAUCAUCAUCAACAGCAACGCCAUCACCAUCACCAUCAAUGGUAACACCAUCAACAGAAUCCCCAUCAUCAACAGUAACAGAAUUAACAUCUACACCAUCAACACUAACACUAUCAACAGAAUCACCAUCAACAGCAACACAAUCAACAUCUAUGUCAUCUCCAUCAACAGCAACACAAUCAAAAUAUUCACCAUUAACAGAAUCACUAUCAUCAGCAAUUCCAUCAUCACGAACAUCAUCAACAGAAUCACCAUCAUCAUCAACAGUAACACAAUCGCCACCUAUGCCAUCACCAUCAACAGAAUCAACAGCAACACAAUCACAAUAUUCACCAUCAACAGAAUCACCAUCAUCAACAAUGCCAUCACCAUCAACACUAACACUAUCAACAGAAUCACCAUCACCAUCAACAGCAACACAAUUAACAUAUGCACCAUCAUCAACAGAAUCAACAUCAUCAUUAAAAGCACUGCCAUCGCCAUCAACACGAACACCAUCAACAGAAUCACCAUCAACAGUAACACAAUCGACAUCUACGCCAUCACCAUCAACAGAAUCAUCAACAUCUUCAACAGCAACACAAUCAACAUCUACACCAUCAACAGAAUCAUCAUCAACAGCAACACAAUCAAGAUAUACACCAUCAUCAGAAGUGCCAUCACCAUCAACAGAAUCAACAUCAUCAUCAACAGCAAUGCCGGCAUCAUCAACAGAAUCAUCAUCAACUGCAACACCACCAAUGCCAACACCACCAACAGAAUCACCAUCAUCAUCAACAGCAACGCCAUCACCAUCAAUGCUAACACCAUCAACUAAAUCACUAUCAUCAUCAACAGCAACACAAUCAAAAUCUACACCAUCAACAGAAUCACCAUCAUCAUCAACAUCUACACC